UAAUUUCUUCCAAGAAGCGCAUGGUUCUUCCCCAAGUCGUUUUCCCAAUAAAUGGCAUAGUUUUCCAACUUUUGCCGACUUUCUGAUUAAUAACGUUUACGUAUGGGGCGGAAAUAGUCGCGAUCUGUUUAGACGAUAAAAUGGACUCUGCAAAUGAAGACGCCGCAAGGGUUUUAAAAGGAAUACUAAACAUCGGUGGAAUGCUUGGCUCAGAUAAUGGACAAGCUUCAUCAACACAUGAUAUUGAGAGUGACAGCAAUAGGAAAAAUGGACAUAAAUUUGUUGAAGAAAAUAUAACAGAAUCAAUUGAUUCCUACAGUGACAGAGAAUCUGAUACAUUUCCUUUGGACCCUGUCCGUCAAUUUGUAAAUUUUUCUGGGGAUGAGCAACAAGGCAGUGUUGCAAUAUACGGCAAUGAAGUGCAUGUCACAGCCGAUGAGGUUGAUGCUAAUGUUACUGGAAGCAGCAGGAUAAGGAUCAACCCAGUUGUGAAUUUUGACUGGGAAUCAAAAUACUACAAUGGGAACUUACUUGGUGUUUCAUCAAAAUAUAUGGCCUAUGUUAUAAGAGCAAAGUCAGGUUACGUAUUGCGAAUCCUGAAUCGUAAAACUGUUGUGAAAGCCCUUAUCAAAGGAUUCACAGGCAGCAUUGAAGAUGUGUCAUUUUCUCAUGAUAAUUCUGACCAGCUUGCUUGCAUUGAUGCUGCUGGUGAUGUGUUUGUGUGGACAAUAUCAGAAGAUGACAAUCAAAUAGACUAUGAUUUGAAACUGCAUGUAAAGAGGGAAAACAACAAACUGCCUGAGCCCUCGUCAGGAAACCGUAUUGUGUGGUGUCCGUAUAUUGUUGAUGAGGAGGAAAACGUCUCAGAAAAAGUGCUGUCAGUAAUUGUUGGACAGGUUGCGGAGGUGUUGCAUGUGGAUAUGAUUACCAAGAAAUAUGGGAAUGUAGUUGAUGUGGAGGACAUUAAAAGUGGAAUCUUAAGGAUACAGAAUGGUCAUACUAAGUUUAUCACGGACAUUUCCCUCGCCCCAGACGGGAGUGUUUUGGCCACAGCUAGUGAUGAUGGUGGAGUGAAAUUUUGGCAGUUAAAUUUUGAAUCGGCUGACGCACCAUUGUGUCUACAUGAAUGGCAGCCUCACGAAGGACAAUCCGUGUCAAGAUUGAUGUUCUGCGAUAAUCAUUUAGCAGAAGAUAACAAAAGUCCUUUUUGGAGGUUUUUGAUCACUGGGGCAAAACGCAACAGCGAACUGAAAAUAUGGUGUACUGUCACGUGGUCCUGUUUACAGACGAUAAAAUUUAAACCACCAGCAUCAAGCCUUCCUUCUGUUAACCCCCCUCCUCUGAAACUCAAAGCAAGUUUGGAUUUGUCAUCGCAGUUCCUCGUGUUGUCUGAUAUUGACCGAAAGGUUUUGUUCGUGUUUCUCCUGCACCAAAAUCUCGACGAGGGCAAAGCUCACGUGACCUCUGUAGCGCAUUUUAUUCUAACUCAACCGCUGCUUAGUUUUGUCAUAUCUGAGGCAAAGACGUUCAAGGCGUCGAUGAGGGAUAGCAUGGAUCAGAAUGGUGAUAGAGAGGAUCAUGAGCAGGAUGAAGAGGGACAGGAAGACAGUGAAGAGAAACCCAUUCCCACAAUUAGGAUCAAGCUUCAUUGUAUCAACCCAAAAGCGAUGCAGGAGAUGAUCGUCCAGUAUUAUCCGUACACUUCAAUACGUCCCGUAACACCAACCAGUCUUGCUGCCUCUUCAAUAACAAAUACUGAAACAGGUAUUCAAGAUGGCUUAUCUGAUGUGAGUGGACUGGACACCAGCCUGACCGAGCUGGAAGACACGGGGACUAGGUCUGACAAUUCAACUCCCAGACUCAUCGCUCCAGAUGCGUUUGUGACCAUGGUUCCUAAACCUGUUAAACCGAUUUCCAAAGGUGCAAAAGAUAUCGCAGUGACUCAAGCGGCCCCUGCUAGUGUGACGAGCAGCAUAACAUCAGUAACUUCCAUGAGUAACUCGUUGCUAUCCGAGGAUGUUAAUCAACCUCGGGGGGAAAAAUCACAAAUCGCGGAGAGCGAGUGUAGUUUUAAGACAUGUGAUGAUGUCACCCUUCAGGAUCACUCCAGUGGUGCGAAUUCGUGGCUACUAGGGGAAACGUCCCCCCUCGGACCUCCCCUCCCGGUAUCUCCUGAUCCUGCAAAAGUACCUUUUCCCGCUUUUAAUACCGAGAUACGGGGGGUGAAUGAAGCUCCCAAAGAUGAUAUAUCCGCUAUUGCUCACAGCACACCGAUGAGGCCACUUCGUACUCUUGAUGGUGAUGAAGACAACGAUAAAACACCGACAGGUGAUGACGAGAUUACCGUCAAAAAAGACGACAUUUUGUCCAGUUCUCCACGAGACUCGCCGUUGUUACCUCAAGGCCACAGCCCCCCGGGUGAAAAAGGUGAGGACGAGAAAUUAAUGUUCGCUGAAGGUCACGGUCAAGCGGGCUUUGAUUCAAUCGGAAGCGAACGGUUUUUCACGAAGAUGAAAGAUUUCACGAAGGUGAGCUCUUUGCAAACACCUGUAACUGGACAGCGAAAUGAGACCGAUGAAGGCUUGAGCAGAUCACGUAAGCGAAAUACAAAUCUUACAGUUACUCCUCGCAAGCAAAUCGACAUCCCGCCGGACGCCAGAGAGCAGGCGCCACCAACGAACAGCGCUGCGCUAGAUGAUAUUCGAGAUGACAUCAGACAGCUGAGAGAAUUACUGCAGGCUCAGCAACGGGAACAAAAUGUAAAAAUAUCGGACGUUCUGAGGGAAGAAGUAGCGUCGUUGGAAGGCGCCGUGUCCUCGAGCCUUGGUAGCAUCCUUGCCGAACAUAACGCUGAACAGGAUCAAAUGUUUGAGAAAUUCACCCGCGACAAGAAUGUCAACGAGAAACAACGUUAUGAGAAGAUGACAACUUCCAUAACCACCGCUGUGUUGAACAAGGUUGAAAAAAUUGUCAAAAAUGAAAUCAGAAAUUCCGUUGGCUCAGGUUUUCAAAAAAUUGCGCCCUCGCUCCAGGAUGAGCUUAACACUGUGAUGACACAGAAACUUAGGGUUGCGGACGAAGUUAUGAGGGAAAGCAUAGCAAGAAUGGUCAAGGAAAAGAGUGUACUUGAUGCGAUAGGUAAAGCGGUCGGUGAAGCAAUUCAAGUGUCAUUUUCGGCAACUAUGAAUGAUUUCCUGAACAAAUCCAUGCUGCCUGGUUUCGAGAAAGCGUGUAGAGCUAUGUACGCGCAGAUUAACACCGCAUUUGAGAAUGGAACUAAGCAAUACAUUCAGAACUUCGAGAGCUACGCUGAAAGUCGUAAGGAGAUCGAGAAACAACAGAAGGACACCAUCGUCGAUCAACUUCAGAUUCUUGUACAAAACUUUCAAGUUGCUUCCGAGAAACUCUCGACCAGCAUGUCGGGAAGUUUAUUGGAAAUGAUGCAAACACAGUUAACGACAUCGAUGAAAAAGCUGCAAAGUUCAUUGCUCGAGCAACUGCAAGAAGAUUUGAACAAAAGUCUUCAAGAAACAAUACAGAAGGAGGUCACGAAUGUUUUGAUAGAGCAAAGUGCUUUUAGUGGUGAAUCUAAGGAUCAAACAAAACAUAGGAAUACACAGCUUCGUAUUAAGCAACUUAUUGACGAGAGAAACUUUAGCGGAGCAUUCUUAGAAGCAUUAACAGCAGGAGACUUGGAACUUGUUACUUUGGUUUGCCAAGCAUGCGAUCCGUCAGAACUGUUUGGCCAAGAUCCAUGUCCUUUCAAUCAGCCUACAUUGCUCUCGUUAAUACAGCAAUUGUCAGUUGAAUUGUCUUCGAAUACUGAACUAAAAUACAGAUAUAUAGAAGAAGCAAUCCUGGCACUGGACACUGAAGAUCCAGUCACAAAAGAACACGUUGAUGCUAUCCUUCGAGGACUUUGCGAGCAAAUUAAGGCUACAAAUCAUUUGCUAGCUCAAGAUGACUCGACUAAGCCGCUGCAACGUUCUCUAAAACGACUCUACAUGGCUGCCAUGUCGUUGAUCAAAUAGAACUAACUUUAAAAUAUUUCAUUUUUUGCUUUUCGUGACAAUUGUAAGAGUUGUUUACGUUGAACAUAUUAAUGGCCUUUACGGUUUGUAAGUAACCCGGAUACAGAUAACAGCCCUGCACUCAGGCAUGGAGACAGAAUUGUAAUAUUGAUUGAUUAAUUACAAGUCCUGCUACACACACCUCCACAUCUUCAAGAGACUCGCCUACUAGUUUAGUGUUUUUUUUGAGUGCAGUUUUCAAACUUAUAUGAAUAAAAGUGUAAAGUUUAAAGUGUAAAGAACAUUCUUCUGAGAGAUUUCAUAAGCAACCAGA